AUGAAUAUUUUAUCUUUAUCUAAAAAUUUAAUCAAUCGUUCUCCUUUAUUUAAAACAACUUCUAUAAGAUUAUGUUCAAGUGAACCUAAAAAAAAAGAUUGUUUAGAUAGAGAAAUAUAUCAUGGUAAUUCAACUGUUCGUCUUGUUAUGAAUUCACCCAAAAAUCGUAAUGCCUUAUCAAUGGAAAUGUUAAAUACUCUUUAUCAAGAAUUAUUUUAUAUAAAUAAAAUAAAUAAAGUUAGAUCUGUUAUUUUAGCUGGUGAAGGUCCUGCUUUCUCUGCUGGUCAUGAUCUUAAAGAAUUAACAACAGAAAAAGGUAUAAAUUAUCAUAAAGAAAUAUUUAGUAGAUGUACUCAAUUAAUGAAAUUGAUUCAAUCAAUGCAAAUACCAGUCAUUGCUGAGGUUAAUGGUGUUGCUGCAGCUGCUGGUUUACAAUUAGCAUUAUCGUGUGAUAUUGUUGUAGCAUCAGAAAAAUCUAAAUUUUCAGUUCCUGGUGUUAAAGCUGGUCUUUUUUGUCAUACUCCAGGAAUACCAUUAGUUAGAAAUAUACCUCAAAAAAUAGCUAUGGGAAUGUUAUUUACAGGAAGACCUUUAAAUGCUGAAGAAGCAAUGAAAGCUGGUAUGAUAACUAAAAUAGUUCCUGAAGAUCAGGUUAAAUUUGAAGCUUUAUCAUAUGCUGAAGAUAUUCAAAAUUUAUCAAAAUCUGUAAUAAGUUUAGGAAAGACAUUUGCACAAACUCAAGUGGAAUUAAGUCAAAAUGAUGCCUACAGGUAUGGUGAAGCAAUUAUGGUAGAAAAUUUGAAAUUAGUUGAUACACAAGAAGGUAUCAAAGCUUUUAUUGAAAAAAGAAAACCUAACUUUACACAUGAAAAUGAUAAAGUUACUGAUAAAAAAGAUGAUGAAAAUAAAUAA